CGGGAGCCGUCGGCCACUUCCGGUUACAUGACGACGACGGCGUUGGUACAAAAAGAGAGAAGGAAAACAGGAAAAUACAUUUCUUGGCGAGAACAGUGGAAACUUAAUAUACAUAGCCGGAUCUGUGUUAACGGGUUGCGUAUCUGACGUUAGUGCUGAUGCAAGUUUGUGUGAUCGGAUAACGUAUGAGCAGUGAAAGAUCACAGAUAUUUGGAGUUUAUUGUUCUUCGCCUGCUCCCUCCAGCUAAGCUAUUUCUGUUGCUCUGCGCUCCCUGACCGAGCUAGCUAACGUUAGCUAGCGCUGGAUGCCAACACUGUGUUUUUGUAGUUUUCAGUUUACAAGCAGAUUGAAAAGUAAUAGCGCCGUUAAUCCGUUCAGUCUGCAGCAGGGCACUGCUAUACCCUCCUAGCUCUGUGACACUAGUUGGGCCAGAAUGGCAACGUCGGCUCUGUACGCCUGUACGAAGUGUAACCAGCGGUAUCCUUUCGAGGAGCUGUCGCAGGGCCAGCAGCUGUGCAAGGAGUGUCGCAUCGCACACCCAAUAGUGAAGUGCACAUACUGCAGAUCUGAGUUUCAGCAGGAAAGUAAAACUAAUACAAUCUGCAAGAAAUGUGCCCAGAAUGUCAAACAGUUCGGAACGCCCAAACCCUGUCAGUACUGUAACAUCAUAGCAGCUUUUAUUGGAACAAAGUGUCAGCGUUGCACUAACUCAGAAAAGAAAUAUGGACCUCCACAGACAUGCGAACAAUGCAAACAGCAAUGCGCCUUUGACCGCAAGGAAGAAGGCAGGAGAAAGGUGGAUGGGAAACUGCUAUGUUGGCUCUGUACUUUGUCUUACCGCCGGGUCCUGCAGAAGACCAAGGAGCAGAGGAAAGGCUUUGGCUCGUCCAACUCCUCGUCCCUGAACGAGAAAGACCAUCACUCCAGAUCGCACCAUCAUCACCACCACCACCAACACAGACACAGCAGUUCACACCACAAACUAAGUGGGAGCUUGAGUCCUGAGCAGGAGCAGGGAUUGUGGAAGCCGAGCCAUAAAUCAUCUUCUAUUCAGAAGGAGACUCCAAAGAAAAAACCAAAACUGGAGAUGAAGCCAUCCAAUGGGGACAGUAGUUCCAUCACCCAGUCUAUGGACUCUGGAGGAACAGACAACUUCAUUCUCAUCAGCCAACUAAAAGAGGAGGUGAUGUCACUAAAGAGACUUUUGCAACAGAGGGAUCAGACCAUCUUAGAGAAGGACAGGAAGCUUACAGAGCUCAAAGCAGACUUUCAGUACCAGGAAUCCAACAUGAGAGUUAAGAUGAAUCAAAUGGAGAAGUCCCACAAAGAGGCUAUGGAGCAACAGCAGGCCAAGAACAGGGAGUUGAUGAAACAAGUGGCUGCCCUCUCAAAAGGAAAAAAGUUUGACCGAACAGGAAGUUCAAUGCUGCUGCCCUAACAAUAAGCCAGCCAACGGGUAACAACACAGAGCGGCUUCAUUGUUGCAACACUGUGAAGGUCUCCUCCCUGUGUUUCCUCAUUGCCAUCAGCAUCAGUUACUUCUUGAUUGGUAAAGCCGGAGACCAUGUCAGACAUGGAAAUGCAUUGCUGAAUCAAAGAAACUUUGUUUUCUCUAAAUGUCAACACAUUUUAGAUAUUUUAUGGCAACUUUUCCACUGGAUCAUAGGACGUGACUCUGGAUGGAGUGGAGGAUGAAGCCCUCGUUUUUAACACUGCCGGGCCAAAAAAGCAUGGUGUGCAUAUGUGGAUAGCAUUCUGUCGACUCAGUGUAUCCACUUAAUUCUUAUGGAUGUCAUGCGAUUUAUUUAUUCAACUGUAUUUCUUAGCUUUCAUAUUUCCUCACAACAUACUAGGAGAAUAUCCCGUAUUUUGGGAUUUUCUUCGAUAGCAUUUAGUUCUAUUUUUCUAAACGGAUGCGAUUGCGGAAGACAAGUUCUCCUUACUGGAGACACAGCGCAACUUUACAAUAUAUGCAAACGUGGGACAGGUGACCACCGAGCUGCUGCUCAACUCUCUCUCUAUCUCUCUCUAUCUCUCUGUUACAAAUUGCAAAAUGACCAAUGAACACUUGAAAAGUAUGUCUGAGACCCACUGUGUCUCACUGUGUGACAGCUGCAGUGCUUCGCUGGUUCUCUCAAGUGUAAUGACGCAUGGUUUUACUGCUGGAUACUGGUUGACAUUGUGGUCAGACUCUUCCCCCUCCCACCUUUUAAUUAGUUUUUUUUAAAAAUCACUUGUAAAUGUAUUACUAGGGUCCGCCAUUGUAUUUAAAAUAUUGCUUGUAUCUGUUUUAGUGAGUACAGUAUGUGUAUGGUAAGGCCAGUUGAAAUUAACAUGUCAGUAGAAGAUGCUUUUUAAAAAAACACAACUUUCACCUUGCAUUAUUGGGCUGGUUUCAUACUGUGGCGUCCAGGAUCACUUUUGUACUUUUUUCCAAGUGUUUUAAAACAAUUAAAACUGGCUAAACUGUUA